CAUUCAACUGGUUUACUAAAAGAUCUCAAAAGGAAAUACAUUUAUCAUUAACCUCAGAAUAGUUAUAUUAGAUGGUGGAGGUUUCGAAUAUCUAAGUCACAGAGGACAUUUCUGCUGCAAUAGUGAAUCUCGGAUUAGUUUGUUUCCAACGUAGCUGUUACUGAUAGUCACUUUUAAACUGUGUUCGAUUUAAAUGCUGCAUUUAGUUAGAAUAGAGCCAGUGGGAUGAUUAAUGGAAUAUACAGCAUUUAAAGUCUAAAAAAGGGAAAUAUGAUCUGUUUAAGAUAAGUUUGGAUUAUUUGCGGGCCUUGAGCUACUCAGUGAUGUAUAAAGCUAACAGGAAGACGUUUCACCACGAGACAGGGGUGGAGAAGAAGAGCGAAUCGGACGUGACAGAUCUGGUUGAAAACGUUGAUAUGUUUCUGCCUGAAUCUCCUGGGCCACAACUUGCUGAGUUCUCUGACGAAGAGGAGGAAGGCGUAUUAGAUGGAAUGGUCAACUUGCCAGCACCGCAGAUGGAACCCAGAACAGAUCAGUCCGAAUCAUUGGAUAACAAUGAUGAGGAAUUGGAGGAGACCCUCUGCCCAUCUGUCAGGCCAGCAGAUCUCGAAGAGAACGAAAAUUCUGAAUCUUUACAAACUGUCGGUACCGAUAAUGAACAUGAUGAUAGUUAUCAGCCGAAUUCUAGUCCAAUUGACCUUGACACUGAUGCUCAGAUGAUGGCCCUUGACCUUGAAGGAAGUGACUUUGACCUCUUACAAAGUGACCUUCCUGUUGGUGACCAAAGUUCUGCUACCCAUGUUACUUUGCUUAGUGAAGAAGUAGAAGAAAGGAAAACAUUUGGUGCACAGGGUUAUGAAGGAGAUACGUCUACAGGUCCACAGAGUUACCAAGGCGAUUAUUCAGUGGGAGUGCAGAGUUAUGAUUUGGAAUUGUUUCAGUCUAAUUUAUGUCAUAAAGAAGAAUCCGAGUGCAAAAAAGGAGAACUACAAUUGGAGUCACAAAAAUCUGAGUUUGAUCGCGACAACUGCACUCGGAACACUGAGGCAUCAAUGACAGAUACCACAACUAGUUGUAAGAAAAAGAAACGUUCAAAAAAGCGUAGACUUAGGGAGAAAUGUAAGGAGUCCCAGUCUCUUGAUGACGAUGCCAGCGGUCUAUCAAACAGACAGAAUACACAUGUAGCUGUUUUUACUGCUCCCAUUGAUCAGGUAUCUCAUCUAAACCUGAAUUCUUAUGAUAAUCAUGGACAUGAGUCCGAUAGCGAUGGUUAUCCUUCACCGAACGAUCACGCUGUGUUCAAAAUGACACCAACGCAUAUCUUGCCAUCGUUGAAUCGCUCUGGCGACUCCAAGAAUGCUAGCCUACAGCCUUUUGAAUCGUACAAAGCUUUGCCAAAGAUUGGUGAACUCCCUGACGUCAACGGUAAUGACAAAGUGGUGGGACAGGAUAGCACGGAAAAGGAUGUUGAAAAAGGGGACGAGAAUAAGCACAAGCGACUGGUGGACGAGGAUGGACAUGAUGAAGUACCGGAGGGUGUCGUGUGGACCAGCGAGGCAUAUGAUGCGAUGGAGAAGAGGCUGAAGACCAAGCCAUCUUUCUUCUGUAGGACAUUGGCAACGAGACCGAUUGCAUCAUUCCUAUUCUUCCUCUUCUUCCAUGCGACAUUCAUUGCCGUGACGAUCGGCCUGUACUUUGGUGGAUAUGCGAUCUUCCCCAUUGAUUUUGAAUCUACUCCCGUUAAUCUCAUGGAUGAUCCAUCAUUCCUUCGUAACGAAGCAUUCAAAACACGUGAUGACAACCUCAACGUCGAGUAUCGAUUCGUUAUGGAUUGGUACUCGAUGUUUCCGAAUUGGCUGCGAGGUCGCGAGGAUGAGAGGAUAGAAUUAUUCUUCGAGGCACUGGAUGGCAGUGGGAACAUGUUUACUCAAAAGAACCUAAAACUCUUAGAACAAAUUGAGAGACACUUAUUCCAGCUGAAAGAUUUUCAGUCAUAUUACUGUCUGUAUACUGCUUACCUGGAAUGUAAGCAACCAGAGUCGAUAUUGAGAUUUUUUGACGGCACAUACAAAAAUAUCGACUCAGUUUUUGAUGAUCCAGAUUUUGAAAAUAUCGCUCAGGUUCUGUUCAUGGCUGAACACUACAAUGAAACCAAGGAUGAAGUGCAAAAAUAUUUAGGAAAAAACGCUGUUAUAACACGAGAAAAAGCAAAGUCUGCUAUCACGCGAUCGUUCCAAGUCUUUGGUUACCCAAAGCGGAAUCCAUCUGAUGUCAAGGACACGAAUAACUACAUCUAUCAAGACUUCAAACCAGAAAUGGACAGGUUACAGAAGGAGAGCCCUGCUGUUGGUUUCUACUACUACAACAAGCCUAUUUACAAAGAAGACACUCGGAGGCAGGCGUUUGCUGACUUUGCUCUCGCUGGCGGGAGUUUUCUCUUCAUCUUUGCGUUCAUGUUGUACCACACUCGGUCCGCUUGGAUAACCUUCUGGUCCGUCUUUAGCAUCAUCACAAGUUUCCUCAUCGCCAACCUGGUCUACAGGAUUGUCUUUGGCUACAUCUACUUUGGUUUCUUCCAUGUUGCAUCAGUUUUCAUAAUUCUCGGGAUUGGUGUCGAUGAUGUGUUUGUUUACUACGACAUCUGGCGCUCAACUGACUUUUAUCGCUACCCAACGUUUGCUCAUCGUGUUUCGGACUGCUAUCAUCGUGCCGCGAAGGUCAUGUUUGCAACAUCCCUGACAACAAUGAUGGCCUUCUUCGUAAGUGCAUUCUCUCCGCUCUUCAUGGUGAAGACGUUCGGCCUUUUCACAGGACUUCUCAUCCUCAUGAACUAUCUCUCGGUCAUUACCUUUAUCCCGACAGUCGUCGUUAUCUACCAUUUGAAAUUUGAACAGAACUGCUGUUUGUGUUGUUCGUGUGCCGUUACGAAAGUCGCUCCAGAACGCUUGAUUGUAAGUUAUGGGGAACCUUGCCAGACUACGAGUAAUUCUGACCAGACGUCAAGCCAGUCCAGACAAACAGGAGAAACUGAGCAGAGAAGCAGUCACUUAAACCAGGUGAAAGUUAGUCAUUCAAAGCAGAAGACAAGUCAUCCAGAGGAUCAAAGUGUGAAUAUAAACGAAACAAAAAAGAAAAGUACGGUUGAUGAUAUAAAGGAAGUGUUGAAAGAUCGUUUACAGUGUCUUUGUACCAUCUGUGGCCGCCAUUGUCACAAGCAGACGAAAUCAGCCACAGAAUAUCAACAACACAACAUGCCAAGGGAACAGAAACGCAAAAAUAUUCUGAUCCGAUUCUUCCGUGGUCCGUAUUACAAGUUGAUCACGCACAAAGUGGCUCGUUGGAUCAUCUUGGUGCUGUUCCUGGGAUUGGUUAUCUCCUCCAUCUAUUUCUGUACCCAGAUUCGGCCAGACGAGGAACCGUUCAAACUUUACAAGCCGAAUCACAACUACGGCAAAUCCAUGCACUAUCGUGUUUACGGGUUCAGACCAACAGACAUAGACCGCUAUAUCUACAUGUAUUUCGUCUGGGGGGUCAAAGGAUAUGACCUGUCACGUUGUAACCUGAAGGACGUCUGGGAUAUCGAACAUUGCCGUGGGAAAACAGUAUUUGAUGAUGAAUUUGACAUGAAUCGGCCAGGAGUUCAAGAAGCUAUGAUGCAAUUCUGUCAAGCAAUGAUGGACAUGCCGCAAGAUGACAUUGACGCUUUCAAAGUGGCAGUGGAUGUAGCUGGCAAACCACAGGUCGAAUGCUUCAUGACAGAUCUUCACAAGUUUCUCAUGAAGGAGAAGGCUAGUUCAGACUUCUACCCAGAUGACCUUGACCUAAACUAUCCCCUCGAUGAAACGAAGAUGAGACGCUUCAUGUCCUAUCAUCCUCAGAUCUACAACAUGUCCGCCCUGCCCCCAGGAUUCAACAACUGGUUUGAGAUUGCUGUCAACUACUGGCUGUCGGAUGGUUACCAGAUGUUACUUACACCAGACUUUCUCAUCUACAAUUGGAAAUUAACGGAAGUCACCACCAAACACACUGUCGAUAUACCAGGCUUCUAUCAAACUUACGGGAACAAACUGCGCUAUGCGGCUGUGAGGGUGAAUCUGACAUUGAACAGUUACACACAGAAUUACGUGGAAGGAUUGCCAAUCAUGAAUAAAUGGGAGAGCUACCUUGCUGGCUGGAGUAAGCAACUACCAGCUCAUUCAAACAAGCCUUUCAUGGUCACACCAGGAAUAACAAAUGUUUACCAUUGGAUGAAAGUUCAGGCGGCUCUCUCCUACCAAGCAGUGCUUGGUCUUGCUGUGGGCAUUUCCCUGGCUUUCCCAGUUCUCGUCUUAGCCACCCAGAACAUCAUCGUUGGUACCUUAGCAACAGUGUCGAUUGCUUUGACUACCGUAUCAGUGUGUGCUAUGAUACCACUUGCGGGCUGGAAAUUAGGGGUGAUGGAAUCACUCAACUUGUGUCUUGUCGUUAGUCUUGCCGUUGACUAUGUGGUCCACCUCGCCGAGGGCUAUUUCUACACGCCGUUCGACAAUCGUAAAGGCCGCACUUAUAAGAUGUUAGAGGACGUUGCUAUCUCUGUUUUCUCUGGUGCGGCAACCACACUUGGGGCAGCGUUAUUUCUCCUCUUUACUGUGAUAAUGUUUUAUCUACAAUUUGGUGUGUUUCUGUUUUGUACCAUUGGCUUUUCUAUUGUGUAUGCGCUUGGGUUUUUCUCUCUGCUGAUGCCCAUGAUCGGACCAGAGAAGGAGUUUGGAUCUUUGAAACCAUUGUGGUCGUGGAUAAAAAGAAGGCUUCUUUGUCCAAAGCAUAAAAAGUGAUAAAAUACUGUGAACCCCCUAAUUUUUGCAGGUGUAUGUUCUUUGAUGUUUUUUGCAAAUUGGGAUAAAAACAUUUCACGAUUUCUAGAAGUGUUUUAUUCAUGUAUAGAUUAAAAUAUAGGCCUUUUCUAAUUUUGCAUACAUCCACUUAAUGCAAUUUCUAAAGUUGGUACACUCUUGCCAAAACAACAUAUUCACAAAGUGAUCUCUUGCCAUGCUGAUUUAGAUAUUUUUGCAGUAUUUAUUUGUUAGCGACACUGACCUGAGCCAAUCCAUGUCAUUUUUAGGUAGUUUUAUACAAGUUUACCAGAUGUUUGUAAUA